UCCUCAUUUUUCGGAAGUGGAAGAGUGAGAUGGCGUCCUACAGACCUGACGGGAAAGCAGGGUUGCCUGACAGAAACGUUACUGACAGCGACCUGCUACUGCACCCAGAACUUCUGUCUCCGCAGUUUAUCAAGCUUAUGUUACAUGAGAGGAAGAUAAGGACAGAAGAUGAAGACGACCCUGACCAACUUACAGAGUUAUACAUACAGCACGUUAUCCCUCUACCACAGCGAGAACUCCCUAACAGUCGGUGGGGGAGACGAAUGGAGAAUACCAAAGCACGCCAGCGCUCGACUACUGGACAUAGCUCAAGUGCUGAUGGCAGGAAAAGGCCUCUGAUUGUGUUCGAAGGCGGCUCCGCCAAGACAGGCGCCGUUAAACUAAAGAAAGGCCAUGACCCCCCCAUUCCGGCGGUUACGGAUCGCCUGAAGCCGCCGCCGUGUGCCGUUGAUCUCACCAACCCCAUACGGAAGCUUUCAGGCUCCUGUACAAACUGCUCUCCCUCUCUGUCCUCGGGUGGGAGUCCCAAGAGUCCUACAGGCAACGGGAGCCUGGGAACCUCCGGCAGCACGAGCGCAAAGCUGAAACGCGGCGCCUCAGAGCCUGGCGGUGCGCCCGGCAGCCCUGAGCUCAAGUCACCUGAGGUGAAAAAAAAGAUUCAGCAUGUCACAUGGCCAUGAUGUCACAUGCCGUCCCCCCUCCCCAACAGCAGCCCCUAACAGGAAGGACUACCAUUACCUUUCGGAAGGUCUGGUGUGUGUCUCAGCCACGGGGUCCUCUGACAGGAGGAGCCAUGUCAGGGAUACGAAGCUCCUGUGUAGCUCCUGGACUCCGAGAGUAGCGUGCGCCCCCUGGUCCCCUCUUGUAGGGUGCCAACGGAGUGCUAGUUAAACGAUUUUACUGCUGAACGUGAUCGCUGUGUGUGGUUUUGGAACAGAACUUUGGACGUGGUUCUGAAAGACGCCGUACGGCUUCCCUGCGGUACUCUGGCCGGUUUAUGUGUACUUUGAAUAAAGAAUGAUGUGUUCACCGCAUUUUCAUUUGGUUGUAAAAUCUGUUUGGGUGUAAGUGUAAGUGACAGGAACCAAGUCUGCCUCGAGUCUUUAAUACAAAAGAAUAUUUUCUAUUUUCAGUUCCACUCACACAAUGUGAAUUUAACUAUCGUUUUACUAGUCUAGAAGGGGUGCAGCAUCACUUGAUGGGCAGCAGACGUGCUUUCUUUAUUUUUAACCAGCGCAUUCCAACACAUUUUUAAAACCACAAAACGUACGCGCUAGUAACUCCAGUCGACGGCGAACACUUCAGGUCGGGAAGACGGUUUUAGGAAAAGAAGACGGCUGCUUGUCACUCUUUCCACAGCUGUCUUGCUCACUGCUGUCCAGGGUUUGGCAACGAUGGCACCAAUCGCGUGUGAUUAGGCAAGAAGUCACACAAAUUCCCAUCUGAGAUGUUAUCAUUCAAGUCACGAUUCUGAUCUAGGGCUGCAUGUGAAAGUGACCCAGAUCAGAUUUGUGUGUUCACACAGCCCUGAAAAAAUCAGAUUUGUCUCAAGGCAAAAAAUAUAAUUUGAGUCACUUUAACUUAUCCUGUGUAAGGGAUGAAAAUUGUCGUUUCAGAUCUGUAAGCUUCCUGUUGAGUCUCUCUCUAAGAUCCUUUAUUCGGAGAGGAAGACACUGUUGAGGGAUUAGUGUUGCAGCCAUUUUACUGUUUGUUAUUAAAUAGUACUUCCUGUUCUUUGCAGUCACACUUCCUGAUGAAGGCAUGUGAGCUGAAAUGUGUUGGAUGCAAUAAAGUUGGAUUUCAGUUC